CCCAGGGCUCAGAGCCUUGGUCCCUGGCCGUCACGGCCUGGCUGGCUCUCACCGGACGACUCUCUCCCGUUUCCGAAGACGAGAACAGCGGUCACUCUGCCAGGCCUCUCUGCAAGGGCUGAGCGAUGCUUCCCCUAAGCGACGACACCCCGCUGCUUGGCCAUGGGACCCACAGGCUUUCCUCCAGCAGUUCGGGCGUCCUCCUGGUGAAGCUUUAUCACCAGCCGAACUCCGCCCAGCCAGCCCCAGAGACAGCUGGGAAUCUAUGCUUCACCUUUGGAGAGUACACCGCGGAGGAGGUCUGCACGGCAGCCGCCAAAGCAUGUGGGAUUCUCCCCGUCUACCACGGCCUUUUCUCGCUGGCCACGGAGGACCUUUCGUGCUGGUUCCCCCCCAACCACGUCUUCACCGUGGACGAGUCUUUCUGCCAAACGGUCGUCUACAGGAUCAGGUUUUUCUUUCCAGAUUGCUUUGGGCCCAGAAAAUCCUAUCGUUUUGGCCUGACAGGUGACCAAGUCAACCCGGUGUUGGACUACCUAACAAUCGAUUAUCUAUUUGCUCAAUCCCGUAGCGAUUUCAUCAGCAUGCAGACGGAUGAGUCCUGGACGCUGGAGGCCCAAGAGACGUGUCUCGGCCUGGCUGUGCUCGACAUCUCACGGAUCUCCAAGGAGAGGCAGCAGAGCCUGCAGGAGACAUCCCGAAGUCUCAGUUAUAAGUCGUGUCUUCCGGUGAAACUGCGCUGCCAACUCCAGGCGGAAAACUUCGUGACGCGGAAACGGAUCCGGCGCCAGUUCAGCCGGUCGCUCCGCAAGUUCAGUAGCCUCCAGACAGAAGUGCGCUCACUCAAGCUGAAGUAUCUCAUGGAACUGGAGAGCCUGAAGCAUCCGACGCCAGAGGAAACCUUCCUGACCAGGGUCCCCGGCCCGGCGGCAAAGGAAACCACGCGGCUGAUCCACGUCUCCGCGGAAAAGGGGAUUAGGACAAGCUACAGUGGCGCUAAGGCUCCGCAUCUGUUCUGUGACUUCCCCGAGAUUGUCGACAUCACCAUCAAGCAAGCCAGCCGGGACGGUCUCCCUGCGGAAGACCGCAUCGUCAGUGUGACCAAGACAGACAACCGGGUUCUGGAGAUGGAGUUCCCCAGCCUGACCGAGGCCUUGUCCUUCGUCUCCCUCGUGGAUGGUUAUUACCGGCUGAUGGUCGACUCCUGCCACUAUUUCUGCAAGGAAGUGGCCCCACCGCGUCUCUUGGAGGACCUGGAGAACAAGUGCCACGGCCCCAUCACGUCAGAAUUUGCAAUGGACAAACUGAAAACUUUGGGGUACCAUGAGGGAGCGUACGUGUUUCGACGCAGCCCGGAAGAUUUCGACAGCUUCCUGCUCACCAUUUCCCUCGAGACUCCCCUCGGCAAGGACUUCAAAAGCCUGCUGGUCCAGAAGAACCAAGAUGGCACCUUCUCGACCGCCGGGGUGGCCAAGAAUUUCUGCAGCUUGCCAGAACUGCUGGAGGCCUGUCAGCGCUUCUGCCUCCGGGCCGACGGGGUGGCCCUCCGGCUGGGCACCCUCUGGCCCCCGCAGCCCAAAGAGAAAUCCAACCUGCUGAUCAUCCGUGGGGGCAGCGGCCACCAGCUGAGCACCUCCCCAACUCCUCCCCGGCGUGCCGUCAACCAGAUGAUGUUCCAAAAAAUCCAGGCAGAGAACCUGGAGCAGUGUGAAAACCUGGGGCAAGGGACCUUCACUCGGAUUUACCGGGGCUUCAAAUGGGAUCCGACGGAGGAGGACGACGACGAUGCCGAGAGAGAAGCGGUGUUUGGGGACCGCCGGAUGGAAGUUGUGAUGAAGGUCUUGGACAGCAGCCACUGCCGCAGGGUGGAGCCCUUCCUCGAAGCCGCCAGCUUGAUCAGACAGCUCUCCCACAAGCACCUCGUCCUACUCUACGGAGUCUGCAUGGGGGCGGAAAGCAUCAUGGUGCAGGAAUACGUGAAGCACGGGGCCCUGGACACUUACCUGCGCAGGAACGCAGCCACCGGCAAAGUGACGGCCACGUGGAAGCUGCAGGUGUCCAAGCAGCUGGCCUACGCCCUCAACUUCCUGGAGGACAAAAACGUAGUUCACGGCAACGUCUCGGCCAAAAAAGUCCUGCUAGCCCGAGAAGGGGACGCGGCGAGCGGACGGCCCCCCUUCAUCAAACUCAGCGAUCCAGGAGUCGGCACCGCCAUCUUGACGAGAGACUUGCUAGUCGACCGCACGCCCUGGGUGGCCCCCGAGUGCCUGGAGGACCCCAAAAACCUGGCGGCUGAGUCCGACAGGUGGAGCUUCGGCGCCACCUUGUGGGAGAUCUUCAACGGUGGGAACAUGCCGUGGAGCGCAAUGGAGCCUGAAUUGAAGCUCAAGUUCUACCACGACUGCCACCAACUGCCCCCUCUCAAGUGGACAGAACUGGCCAACCUGGUGGCCCAGUGCAUGGACUAUGAGCCACGGCGGCGACCAGCCUUCCGCGCCAUCAUCCGAGACCUCAACGGCCUCAUCACUUCGGACUACGAGCUUCUCUCAGACCUCCUGGCCACGAACAAUUUUGCAGGGUACCCGGACCCCUCCUUGAGCCAGGAUCUCGCCCUCUUUGAAGAUCGCCACCUAAAGUACAUCUCCAUCCUGGGCAAGGGGAAUUUCGGAAGCGUGGAGUUGUGUCGCUACGACCCGCUGGGCGACAGCACCGGAGAUUUGGUGGCGGUGAAGCGCCUGCACCAGAGUUCAGCCGAGCAGCAGCAGGACUUUGAGAAGGAGAUCGCCAUCCUGCGUGCCCUGCACCACGAGUACAUCGUCGCCUACCGUGGGGUGUGCUACAGUCGAGGCCGGAACUGCCUCCACCUGGUCAUGGAAUACCUGCCCAAGGGUUGCCUGAGGGAUUACCUGCAGAAGAACCAGGAGCGGCUGGACCCAAAGAAACUGCUGUUUUACGCCUGGCAGGUCUGCAAGGGCAUGGAGUACCUGGGCUCUCAGCGCUACAUCCACAGGGACCUGGCCACCAGGAACAUCUUGGUGGAGAACGAGAAGCACGUCAAAAUCGGGGACUUUGGCCUGGCCAAGAUCCUGCCCCAGGGAAAGGACUACUACGUGGUGCGGGAGCCCGGACAGAGCCCCAUCUUCUGGUACGCGCCAGAAUCUCUGGCUGACAACGUCUUCUCCCAAGAGUCGGACGUCUGGAGUUUUGGUGUUGUCCUCUAUGAACUUUUCACCUACGGGAGCAAGAACCACGGUCCCUCGGAGGAAUUUCUCCGCAUGAUGGGGCAGAGCAAAUCCCUCACCAUUGUCUGUCACCUCCUUCAGCUGCUGAAGCAGAACAGGCGACUUCCGGCCCCCACGGACUGCCCGGUAGAGGUGUUUGCCUUGAUGCAGUCCUGCUGGUCCUUUGCGCCGAGCCAGAGGCCCCAAUUCGCCAAGCUGGCUCCGCAAAUCGAAGCCUUGAGGGAAAACCACUGCAAGGCCCGGGGCUAGGAGGUGACACCGCUGGAGUUUCACCCCCUGCAAGGCCAUGAUAUUUUCAUUCCCCUGUGCUGUCAAGGUGGCAGACCUGGGGAGGGGUGGGGUCCCCAGGUAUCCACCCCCCCAUUCAGACACGAGUCAGACUUCCCACUUCACCUCCCUGGUUCUCCGGCGUAGGCCGCUUCAGUCUGCUCUUCAACUCCUCCUCCUCCUCCUCCGGCAUCCGAGGGGGGUCUCCCACGUCCUGCUCCAGGGGCUGUCAUGGCUGCGUGUGAAAUUCCAGGGUCCCAGGCCCACAGCACACAAACCCACAGAAAAUCUACCCAUCCUUACAUAGGGUGACCCCAUGAAAAGGAGGACCGGGCUCCUGUAUCUUUAACAGUUGCAUAGAAAAGGGAAUUUCAGCAGGUGUCAUUUGUACAUAUGGAGAACCUGGUGAAAUUCACCCCAACAAACAGUUCCCACCCCCAGCUGCAAUCCCCCCUUGAAAGUCACCCCCUGCACGGCAACGAAGCUGAGCAUAAACGCCUUCCAAUGGCACCGGCAGCCACUUGGGGCCCUGGGAAAUAAACCCAGGGCGGGGGGGGGGGGGUUGAGUCAGACAUAGCCACACACCUGCACGUGUGAGAGACCUUGGCCCAGUUUGGGGGGUGGGAGAGGGGCAGCCUCUGGCACCUGUGCUGCGUCAGAAGCGGUACAGUCACAUCCAGCCAGGUGCCUGAGAACUUGGUUCUAUCACGCCUCCCACUGUUUUACAAGCUGGGAGGGACUCGCACGCAGGACGCCAAUUCAGCUGGAGACCUGACCUUGAUGGAAACCACUGCUUCUCAGCCAGGGACAUCUUUCAUAGCAGGAGAGGACAUUUCACCGGGGGUGGGGGUGGUGUCAACUAAAGACGGUGUUUCAAGAGAAUGUUCUGAACCCAUUUGGGAUCGAUUCCACGUGUCGAACCCAGGGCUCUUUGCGCCUCCUCGUGUGAUGCCCACGAACGGCUUCUGGUCACGGACUGAUGUUGUGAGCUGUUAACUGUGGAUCUUUAUGGGCUCCCUGGUACUGCAAUAAAAGGUUUUACUGUGA